CGGUCUUUGUUGCUCUCUAGUGUCCAAAAAUAGAACUUCACAACACUGGAGGUUCGGGCGGAAGUUGCGUCACGGGAGCGGAACAAACUGACGUCACCAUACAUUUGUUGUAAACAUGGCGUCCGUGACAACAGCCACCUCAGAGUGGAUUCAGUUUUUUAAGGAUGCUGGGAUCCCCGUUGGCCUCGCAGUCACUUAUGCAGUCUCCUUCGUCGACAACAGAAUUCACAAAAACAUGCUGAUGGACCUCAGUAAAGACAUCAUGAUGGACCUCGGCAUUACAGUCAUUGGAGACAUCAUUGGCAUUCUUAAACAUGCCAAGCAGGUCCACAGGCAGGACAUGUGCAAAAUGGCCACAGAAGCCAUCUCCUCAGGACUGACCAGUGUUAAAGCUGAGCUCAGAAGAACUGCCAAUACUCCUGCCACUCGUAUGAUUGCCAACGCUUUGAGCAGUGACUCCCCACCAGCCACUCCAGCCCGCCGACCUGACAACCGCCUCUCUGUCACAGUGUCCAACAUGCAAGCAAACAAGAGUGGCAAAGCAGUUGUAAGUCAGCCAGCUGAUGAGGGGAACAGUUUGGCAGCAGUGAAGCGCCGACGUGUGACAGCUGAGAUGGAAGGCAAGUACAUCAUCAACAUGCCCAAAGGCUCCACGCCUCGUACACGCCGCAUCCUGGCCCAGCAGGCCAAGAAAGGUUUGAAGCGCACCUCUGUGUUUUCAAGACUUGGAGCUGAAUCAAAGGCAGACACAACAACAAGCAAUAACAAGCCCACUGGUGUGUUCAGUCGUCUUGGCAGAGGGGAUGAAGAGGAGAACGUGCCGGGGCCAGGCAAAAUGGCUGGAAACAUGGAUGUAGAGGACCAGGACGACAGUGACGGAGAAGGCGCCAUCCUCCAGUAUGCUGGCGUGCUCAAGAGACCCACUCCCUCUCAGAAGAAAGAGCCAGUUGCAAAACCAGCCCCGACCACCCUGCGACGCCUGGGAGGCAAAUUCAAACUACCUCCCUCUGACACUCCCACCUCCUCAUCCUCCUCCUCCCCUAAUGACCUUCCCCCUGCCAAGGUUAGUGUGCUUCAGAGACUGGGCAAGCUACCGGCCACACACCUGAGCGCCGCCGUGUCGCCCACACCUGCUGACACACAGGACAACAGGGUGACCAGCACCAGGCCCAAAGCCCAGGAGAGGCUGACCUUAGCAAGCUCCAAGGUCAGCAGCAGUACCGGGGCCAGCGGAGGAGGAGGAGGAGGAGUAGUAGUAGUAGUAGGAGGAGUAGGAGGAGGAGGAGGAGGAGAGUCUCUGGGUGCCCAGAUGGACGUUAGGGCUAUCAGUGUUUUUAAGAGACUCGGCAGCAAGAAAACUUAACACAAAUCCCCAAAACAUUAUUCAGACUCUUUCUAUAUGUCCUUUAUAGAAUUUGUAUCACCCCCUUUUCUGCUUUUAUCCUGUCGACAUCCAGAUUCAGAUCGGAGCGUUUUUUUUUGUUCAGCCUGAGUUUUGGGAUUUAGAUAAAAACAGCUGAUUUUUUUUAUUUUACACUUUAUUCAUACUGCCAUUGGAAAUCACUUUUGAGUCCUCAAAUUAAAAUCUUGGACACUAAAACAAAGUUCUCUGUGUAUUAUGAUGCUCAACCAGAAAGGUAUUUAUCAGGACGCAAUCAUAUCUACCAUUUAUCUUUUUUAAAUAUGUAUAUUUAACUAUAUGUGUGAGCUUAAGGCAUGAGCAGAUAGAUAGAUAGAUAGAUAGAUAGAUAGAUAGAUAGAUACUUUAUUCAUCCCGUUGAAAAUUUAGGCAUCCAGUAGCUUAAAAUACAUUAUACAUUUAUUAACAUUACACACCCCCCUCCCUCCAUUAAAGCAUAACAUCAACCAAGCUGCCAUAAUGGUGGUUUUAAUUUUACCCCUUAACUUCACAUAUACGAUGCUGCUGCCAAAACUGUUUUUGAGAGUCCUCCUAAAUGAAUAGGGUAAGGGUCCUCUAAGGGUCAUUGUCAUGUGAUCAUUUUGUUGAUAUUUGCCUAAAAAGUGAAUUAUUUCCGAUGCACGUUUUUUUUUCACACCUCAGGCAAGUUUGUUUUUCAAGUUAACACACAGGGCAGCGGUCAGAUGACCUCCUCUGUCAUGUUUGGAAAAAGUGUUGAUGAAAGGCUUCUUAACUUCAGCCCUGGACUGAGUGACAAAGUAAAUUCAAAAGGUUACACAGAACGACAUCUCUAAACGCUUGAAUCAAGAAAAAGGCACCGCACCUCCUCCUCCUCUUCUUCUUGUUCUACGCUUUGUGGAGUAAAAUUUUCACCUCAUCUGAACUAAAGACCAUGUGCUGAACGUUUUCUAUAACCACCUACUUGAACUCCGGGUUAGUAUGAUAUUUGUUUAUUUUGAAAUGCUAUAUAUAGAUUUGUUAGACUUGGUUUCACACAGCACAGAACCAGUUCUGCUGCAUAUUUUUCUAUGUGGACAUUCUUGUAUCAUGUAUCCAUGUAAAGAAACUCAGAGAUGCCAUCAGGCCUGGUGUCGGGGCCACUGUAGGUCUCAUUAGGUUGUUCACAUUUACCCAGUUUGGACCAUUUACACUUGUGUACUAUUCUUCACGCCAGAACUUUGGUACACUGUAAAUAUUUAAAAUGUUUUAAAUCAUUUUAAGGAUAAAGAAGAAGAAAAAACAGUUUUAAAGAACAAAGCAAAUACACCAUGAACUGUCAUUAUUUCUUAAAAACUUUGGACAAAAUGUGCUUGGAAAAUAAUUAAAAGAGAAAAAGGGUCCAAAUGUC